AUGUAUAAUCUGUAUGAUAAUGAGUACAUCUUCCUUCAAAGGACCACUCCCCUGCUGCCCUCUGGCAGCCAAGCUCAGAUGAGCUCCAUUUUUACUCAAGGUGUACUCCUCUCUUUGGUAGGGAAGGAGAAAGAUGUCUUUCGUAUCCAAGUGAGGCUCCACCCCUUUCACGUCAUCCACAUAGACAAGAUGUUGUCUUGUGCUGGGGCUGACGGGCUCCAAACAGGCAUUCAAGGUACCUUUGGAAAGCCCCAGGGCACUGUGGCUGGGGUUCGCACUGGCCAAGUUAUCAUGCCCAUUGGCACCAAGCUGCGGAACAAGGAGCAUGUGAUUGAGGGCCUGCACAGGGCCAAGGUCCGGUUCCCUGGCCUCCAGAAGAUCCACAUCUCCAAGAAGUGGGGCUUCACCAAGUUCAGUGCCGGUGAAUCUGAAGACAUGGUGGCUGAGAAGCCCCUCAUCCCAGAUGGCUGUGGGGCCAAGUACAUCCCCAGUCGUGGCCCUCUGGACAAAUGGCGGGCCCUGCACUCAUGA